GGUCGGUCUCCUCCAAACAGAGGGUCACUGGUUUGGACUUCAUUCCUGGGCUCCACCCUAUCCUGAGUUUGUCCAGGAUGGACCAGACAUUGGCAAUUUACCAACAGAUCCUCACCAGCCUGCCUUCCGGAAACGUGCUCCAAAUAUCUAACGACCUGGAGAACCUCCGGGACCUUCUCCACCUGCUGGCCUCCUCCAACAGCUGCCCCUUCCCCCGGACCAGGAGCCUGAAGACCUUGGAGGGCCUGGACGAUGCCCUGGAAGCUUCCCUCUACUCCACAGAGGUGGUGGUCCUGAGCAGGCUGCAGGGGUCUCUGCAGGACAUGCUACAGCAGCUGGACUUCAGCCCUGGGUGCUGAAGCCUUGAAGGCUUGGAGAGAGCCUGAGUGGACAUGUUUAUCCAGGCCUCCAGUCCCUUUCUCUCUCACUCCUCCAAGCCACCUUCCCGAAGGUCAGUUCUGCCGGGGCUUGGCCACAGCCAGCCGCCAGUUGUUUGGGCUGAAGGAUCCCCCGAAGCACAGGACUGACAGCGUGAGCACAUGCUGCCCCAGAGCCAGGGAGGGUCUGCACAUCAGCCUUGAGA